AUGGUCGCAUUCCCUCAAUAUACAGCAAAUGGUAUACACAUUACCGGUCAAUCGUACGGUGGUCACUAUGCACCUAUUUUCGCGGACCACAUCAUGCUGCAAAAUCAGCUUGGUGUACCCGACACCGUCAAUAUACCCUUGAGAUCGAUUUCCAUUGAGGAUGGGUUCAUGGAUAGUCGCGUACAGUUUGGUGCAUAUUUCAACUACUCGGUAUCGCCUGGCAACCCGUACGAUAUCACGCCGUUCAACGAUACCCUCCGUCAAAAACUCUUCACCAACAUGUUUGGUACCGGAGGCUGCCAGGAGAAACAGACGGCAUGUAAUAGCAACCCUACAGACAAGGUAUGCGCGGAUGCCGAUGAAUUCUGCAUCAAGAACGUCGAAGAGUUCUGGGACGUCAACACUGGUCGGUUCGAAAACGACAUACGGUUGCUGUCACCAGCUCCCUACCCGGCACGGAAUUUUAUCGCAUAUCUCAACCGAGCCGAUAUCCAAGCAGCCAUCGGAGCCUCCAACAACUUCACUGCCGCCUCAGUGCAAACCAGCAUCGCUUUCAGCUCGACCGGCGACGACAGCCGCACAGGUGCGCUCGUCGUACAGUCAAUGAAAAAUCUCCUCCAACAAGGUGUCACUGUCGCGCUGUUUGUUGGUGACGCCGACUAUGAUAGCAACAUCAUCGGCGCUCAAAUGGUGGCUGCUGAAGUCGGGGCCGCGAACUGGGCCUCUGCAGGGUUAAGCAAGCUGAUGGAUUUUCUUUCACGCGACUUUACUUUGCAGGGCACGUCGCGGCAUUCAGCCAGCCUGAAGCCGCGCGCCGAAUUCAAGAACGCGUAG